AUCCAACACAACAUGACCGAUUCGUCUUUAUUGGAUGAAAAGUAUGAUUUCGCAUUAUUAGGAACAUCUUUGCCUUUGUCAAUCUUAUCUGCUGCUUUGGCAAGGGCAGGAUUCUCGGUUUUGCAUAUCGAUGAUGCUGAACAUUAUGGAGGACCUUGGGCAAGUUUAACGUUGAAAGAGCUGGCAGGAUUGAGAGAUGCACACAAAGGAACAAGGAUAGAAGAUGGUAUUGUGGAUAUUGAUAUCAGCUUCCCGUCAAAUUCAGAAGAAAUCCCUGCAGAACUAGAAGCAGUCAAUCGACACUUUGCAAUCUCAUUAGCACCAACACUAUUACCUUGUUCUGGACCAACGAUUGAUGUUUUAAUUCGUUCAAAGGUGGCAAGUUAUUGUACUUUCAGGCUACUACAACAGACCGCCGUUUAUUCCAACGAAGGACGUGCAAAAGAUGCAUGGCCUUUACGUACCGUUCCAAGCAGCAAAGAGGAUAUCUUUAAAGACAAAACCCUAAGCUUAGUGGAUAAACGCAGGCUGAUGAAAUUGUUACAACAAGCUGCACCUAAAGCACCUACAGAAGAAAGCACAAGUGAAGAGACUGCAGAAUCUAGCAAUACAGCAAGUACAUCUACCAUCGACCAACUCAAAGGCAGCUUUUACGAUCAUCUUACCUCUUCGGACGGACCAGGAUUCUCGGCUCGAUUGGCAAGUGAUGUGGCAUAUGGUGUGGCACUUUGCGCUUCUCCUAACGAAUCAGCUUCAGCAGCCAUGCAUCGAAUUCAGAGGCACAUCGUCAGCGUUGGACGGUAUGGUAACUCGGCUUAUUUGGUAGGACAAUAUGGAGGUGCAGGUGAGAUGGCACAAUGCUUCAGUCGUGCUUCUGCUGUUCAAGGAGGAACUUUUGUCUUGGCUCAUAAGAUUAAACAGCUGGUACGCAUUCAAGGUAAAACGGAAGAGCAACCGAAAGAAGGUAUUUUGCCGCGAUGGAAUAUUGCUUUGGACGGUAUUGAUGGCUCAUGUCAGGCUGGGUGCGUAAUAGGAGAUACAGAUAUGUUACACAGGGUCAACCCAGCUGCCUCUUCAAGCAAACCUGGAGGAACCUCUAGGCAAGCAAUGGGUAUCCUUUUGCUGGAUAGAGGAAUGCGAAUCAAUCCUUCUCCAACUACAACAGACGCAGAAGGAAAUGCGAUCCCAAUUCCACCUCCUCCAGAAACUGCAUUAGUUGUAUUUCCACCUUUGGAUGAUGGGAGUGAUUCGGGUAAGAUUGGAUCUGUUUGGGCACUACAAAUGGGAGAAGGAACAUUUUCGUGUCCAAAAGGAACGUAUUUGGUUUAUCUUUGUGCUGCUUUACCGCAAAGUGAAAAUGAUCUUCAGACUGCUGAACAGGCAAAAUUCGCUUUGGCACAUGCACGACAAGGUGUUCUGCAAUUGGCUGCUGCAAGCCAACCUGAAUGGCCUGCCGAUCAAGCACAGCAGCAUCAGCAAUCAACUUCGGAUUCCGUCACUCCUCUAUUUGAAUGUUACAUGGUUCGAGAAAGUGCCACUUCAACCGGGGGAGAAGAAGGUCAAAGGCGAACAGACGAACGAAAGAAGGAAUUGGAAGAGAAUGCACUUUUACCCGUCAAAUCUUCGUUGGGAAACCUUGCAACUUCACUAGAUGAUGCGACACAGCAAGCAGAAGAAUUGUAUUGGUUAUUGUGUGGUCAAGAAGGCAUUGGAAGGGAAAAAGCAGAAGAGUUGCGUAGGCGUCAGAGAAGGGCUGCGAGCGCAUAUGCCGUCGGAAGAGGAUUAGGUGGUCUACCAGAAUCGGAAGGUUCACAAUCAGAACCGACAGAAGUCCUUGAUUUCUUCCCAGUUUCCGAAGAUACAGACGAAAGCUGAGAUUAAUCGCAUCAUUUGUACUUUUAUAACAUCAUCAUUGGGUAAUAUCGAUCAGAUUGAUAAAGAAAAUCUUUGUUUGUAUAAAAAACGUACAUGAUUCAAAUCGGAUAUG